GCGGUCGCUGUUUUCGUUCUGUCUCGCGCGACGACGAUCAGCAUAUUUCCGAGGUUGCAAAAAGUCCAGCCGUCCGCCGGCUACGCCGUGUAAAAAAGGUCAUAGGAUACACACAUAGAAAUGGAAGGAGAAGAUGGCCCUUCGGCCAUCAAUAAUAAGCCUAAUGUCAUCAAAGCGGCACAAGAGGCUAUAGGAAAAUUAGAUGUGUUAGUAUGUGGACAGUGUCAUUCUGUCUUUCACUUCAUCGAAGAAUUUCAAGAACAUCGUACAAAAGAAGGAGCAUGUUCUAAAGUAUCACAUCUUCGUGAAAAUAAUGAUAAUGUACAAAAAGCACAAGUUUGGGCAUUUUUAUUAUGGAAGGAGUCACAAAUGCAACAAGAAGGUUCAGACAAGAAUGCAAUUAGUGCAUGGCAGCUGUACCAAAAAUGGUGUGAUGUAAAUCUACAUGUGAGAGAUGCAUGGAUUGCAGCAGGAAAGACUAUACAAACGUUUACAAAAAUUAGUAAUACAAAAAUGCAAGACACACCAAUACAAGUUCAGUCAGUUACUAAUGAAGGUACUAAACCGAUGAUGGUUCGCAAAAUUAUUAGAAAUGGACAACCAGAGGAGGCGAGCGAAGCUAAAAAAGAUGCUACAAAAGUAGAAACAAAAACACAGAAGAGUGAACCUAUGGUAGUUGAAGAGAAAAAAGUAGAGAAAAAAGAAAAACCAAGAAUGAAACCAUCAUUUAAACCGAAGAAGUCUGGUAAAGCAGCUACCGAAGAAGAUGUAGAGGAAAGUAAUGAAGAAUAUGUUGUCGAAAAAAUUUUAGCUAAACGUUUUAAUCCCAAAAAAAUAUGUUCGGAAUAUUUAAUAAAAUGGGAAGGCUAUUCACAUGAAAACAAUACAUGGGAGUCUGCAGAAGCUGCAGCAGCUUGUCAAAAUAUGAUAAAUGAGUUUGAGCGAAAUCUUGCGAAGCAAAAAGAGCUUAGAGCAGCUCAACAGCAGGCCAAUGCAAAAGUCGCCAAAGGACGUCCUAGUUUGCCGGCGCAAAAACCAGCAGUGAAACCUGAAGCUAGCAAACCUGGUCCAAGCACGGCGGUUCAAGUUGGGCGACCAAUGCGAUCUAGUAAAUCAAAAGCAAUGGAUCAAGUUAAACAGUGGUGCGGCUCAAUGAAAGAUGAGGACAGCGAAAUAUUAGGUAAGAGAAGAAUUGACGAUUCAGACAGCGAUUCAGAGGACGAAGGAAAUAGUGUUGCGAAGAGAUCAAAGCUUGUCUCUGGCAGUGACGAAGAUUGGACUGGAGAGUCCGAAGAAGAUGGACUGAUGGCUCGCCGAGAUGUGAUACAACGUGCAUUCAGUCGUGCACAGUCUAAUGGAUCCAAUAGAGCAUCAGCCUCAUCUUCCGAUUUAGCAACGUCAUUAGGGCUACAAUCUCCCGAAGGAUCAAAAUCCACCCAGCCACCUGUUUUAGUAGCUAACGCUAAGGGAGUUGUUAAAGUCGAUCCCAAGCAAAUGCCGAAUCUGUCAUCUGGUGUAUAUGUUAUGUCGCGCAAGGAUGGUAUCAUCAAAUUAGAUUCAUCGCCUAGCGGAAAGCUGGCGGUCAAAGGAUCACCGACGUCGCAAGGCGUUUUGAUGGUUCAGAAUCGUGACACAGCAAAUAUAGUGAGGAAGCAGAUAAUCUCGACGCCGCAAUCGAAUUCAGUGACACCGGUGAAAGUCGUCUCGAAGAUGGAUGCGGGCCAAGUGGUGAAGGUGGUCACUUCUAAACCUAUCGCGCAGAAAACGGGAGGCGUGCAAAAGUCUGAGCCUAUAAAGAUACAGCCGAAGCCAGACCCAACGCAAAUACAGCAGAUACACGUUGUGACCGCGGUGCAGACACCGAUAACUCUGCAACCGAGAAUAACCACUGGCAUAAGACCCACUUCUGGGACACCUCAACGAACGGCGGACGGUCGUCCCUUGUUACCGAGACCGGCAUUGCGCGGCACGACCACGAGUGUUCUUGGCGCUAUUCGCACACCUGUCAGAAUACCGCCACCGAAACAGAUUCAGACGCAAACGACACGGCCAGUAAUGCAGAAGCGCACGACGACGGUCGUAACCACGCAGGCAUCUUCACCAAGUUCCACUGGCACGGUGACGCAGAUCAGGCCCAAGUUCACAGUGCUCACAACUCCCACGCAGUCCAAACAGGUGAUCAAAGCUGGAAAUAGUCCAGUACAACAGCAACAAGCUAAACAGUCUCCGAAACAGACGUUACCAGGUAAAGCACAAUCAUUGUUAUCUCCGCAGCAAAAAUUAUUAAUGGCAAAGAGGAAAGCUCAAGAGGCCGCGGGCAUAAUUAAACCAAGUGGUCGUGGACUUUUAGCAGGUGCCCGCGCCACUGUGGGACGAAGUAGAGCGAAAGUAGGUGCCGAGACAUCCGCAGCGGUUGCACAGGUCAAACCUAAGGAAAGCAAGCUAGCGGAGGGCGAUGGACUGCACAUGGAGUUCCACGAAGUCGGUUCGGAGGAAAGCAGCAGCGAGCACGAGCCCGAAAUCCCUCCUGCUGCUGAACCCGAUACCGUUACAGUCGCUGAACCCGAGAGUCCGCGUCCUUUCUCAUUGUGUCCUCUCACGGGACGUAUAAUCGGUCCGGACGGCGAACCGAUCGAACAACCGGAACCGGAACCCGAACCCGAGCAGAUAUCUACGACGCCGAAAACUAUCACUACUACAACGUCCGAAACUGCGGCAGCGGAUACAACGGUUACGACCACUACCACGCCAGAAUUAGUCCUACCUCCUCUGGACUCGCUUGCGGAAAGUGGUGGUAUCAUGAGAGUCGAGAUGAGCCCCGGCGGAACGACUGGCACCAUUGUCCAGGCUAGCGAAACAGCGGCUCAAAUCAAUCUCUCGAAUGUGACUGUUUCCGCGCCGGAUUUGCCAUGUUUAGAUGAUACCACUGCUGCAGUACCGGUGACCGCGCCUGCAUCCACACCUCUAGCAGAAACCGCUGCUCCUGGCUCCGUUGAAACAUCCGUCUCCACGGCAUUGCCGACGGCUACGGUGGCGUCUACCGCAACGGCAGUAUCGACCGACGGCAAGAACGAAGAGAAGAUAGCGGAAGAGAGAAAAGUUACGACAGACGACGCGUCUAAUCUGGUCACCAUAGCCGAGCACGGUGUUGUCUAUCAAGUCGCGGGUCAAGCCGAAGACGGACAGACACUUCUAGUAACACGUGGUGCCGAUGGCGAACAACAGUGUGUGUACGUCACUACUGAGCAGCAAGGAGACGACGGUUCAGUCUUGACGUUGGAUCACGCGGUUGCCGAGGCUGUUGCGCAGCUGAUUCCUGACCAGGUUAACUUAGCGCCACAGUUUUAUGUAAAAGAGGAUGGAGCAGAGCCGGCCGAAAAUUCGAUGGUAAUGUCUAUAAUGGAUAAUGCGAACGCGACUGAUGUGACAGGAACUCAAGAAGAUAAUGACGGACAGGCACAGGUUGUAGCUCAAGUAGUGCAAGCUGAAGAACCUACUCCAGGAGGAACCAGAAGAGUAGUAUUACUUUUACCAGAUGGAAAUUUAAUGAUGACCGAGGUGGAUGAAGAACAAUACGCUGCGCUGGAACUUGACAAGUGAAGACAUACAUUUUUGACGUAAUCUAAGAUACCACGUCAAUGCAUCGAAUUACACGCUACGCGCAAAUUGUACGUUUAAAAUGUGAUCGUAAAUUGUAUAUAUGUAAGAACGUUCACUUCGUACAUUUGCGCAUUGAUGAUCAAUAAUAUUCUUAAUAUUCAGCGAUUAGACUAGAUAUUACAAAGUGGAGACACAGCUAACAUACUGUAAAAAAAAAAUCAACACAUGAAAAACAAAAUCUAAAUCUUAGAUUGAACAAAAUAUAUGUUAUAGGAAUGUAUGUUUCAGUCAUAAAACAAUUCGCUGAUAUCUCCAUUUUAACCCUGUGUUUAACUUUUAUGAUAUGAUAGCACGGACACAUGAAAUACAAAGAUAAAAGUAAUUUCAAUGAAGUGACAUGAUUACAGUACGUUCGAAGUAAGCAUUGUAUUUGUAGGAAUAGUGAAGUAUAAUAUGGGGUUUUAUAUUUUCCAAACAAUAAGCUUUGGUAAAAAAGAAUCUUAUUCCGCGCAUACAAAGUCUAAAAGUAUAAUAUAUUCGUUAUACCGGAGAUAUAAUACAUAAGUGAAUCAAAUCUAUUUCAUUGCUAAGCCAAAUAAAGAAUAUCAAAAUAUUUAUUUUAUUUUUAUUUUUAAAAUUAUUUUAUUACAUUUAAUAUUCAUUAUGCGACUGUGUUAGAACAAAUCCGGCUGAAUACACUGCAAGUGCGUACUAUAAAUUAAAAGUUUGUAUCACUACUCGACAUAAAUAGAUGAAAACAUGAUGCAAACAACUUUGAUAUAAAUGUCUAACGUAUAUAUUUUCCCCUCCCCCAAAAAAAUAAUGUGAUAAAAUCGCUAAAAGCAAUUAUACUGAUAAUGAUACGUUUUAUCGUUCGAAUCUUUUAUGUCAAUUUAAUACACUUUAAUGUAUAGUACGCAUUUGCAUCGAAUUGAAUUCAUUAAUAAAUUACACGGACUAUGUAUGCGUAUCUAUAGGAUAAAUAAGUGCACCGUAUAAUAAAAUAAUUAUGAUUUCUGAACCUAUAAAGCUUAAAAUACAAUGUUGUUGAACGGAG